ACAGUUCAAGUUCUCCGAGGAAGAUGGUUCAUGCUGUUUGCAUCUGUCAUUCUCAUGGCUAGUACCGGAGGAACUUAUGUUUUCGGGAUAUACUCCAAAGCGAUUAAGAAAACUCUCGGGUACGACCAGACAACCCUUAAUUUGCUUGGUUUCUUCAAAGAUCUUGGAACUACCGUUGGGAUUUUCGCUGGUCUUAUUGCUGAAGUGACUCCAAAUUGGUUUGUUCUGCUUGUUGGUGCAUCCUUGAACUUUGUUGGAUACUUCAUGGUGUGGAUUAGUAUAAGUGGUCGUAUUUCAAAACCCCACAUUUGGCAGAUGUGCCUGUACAUUUGCGUUGGUGCUAAUUCUCAGAAUUUUACCCUCACAAGUGUUAUGGUCACUGCUGUAAAGAACUUUCCAGACAACCGAGGUACCCUAAUAGGUCUCCUGAAGGGAUUCACUGGCCUAAGCGGAGCCGUCAUGACACAGCUUUACCUUGCCAUAUAUGGUAACGACUCUAAAUCUCUAAUCCUUUUCAUUGCGUGGAUUCCUGCUGUUGCAUUCGUCUUCUUUGCCUAUGCAAUCUGUCUGUUUAGAGUCGUUCGACAGCCAAACAUUGAAAAGAGAGUUAUAUACAAGUAUCUCUGGAUAUCUGUUGUGCUAGCUCUAUUCAUAAUGGUUAUGACCAUAAUUCAGAAACAGAAGACUUUCUCACACGUUGGAUAUGUUAUAACUGCAACCGCUGUGUGCAUCUUACUCUUUGCACCUGUAUAUGCAUCGAUCAAGGAAGAGCUUGUUCCCUGGAAGAAAAGUCUUACAGCCCCAGAAAUUAUAACUGUCGAAAUUCCAUCUCUUAUACAAUUAGCAGAAGAAGACAAACCCAAGCCAAAAGUUACUUGUUUUUCGAAUGUUUUCAACCCCCCAGAAAAGGGUGAAGACUAUACCAUUUUGCAGGCCAUGUUGAGCAUUGACAUGUUAUUGCCCAUCAUUGGGGGAUUCUGUGGACUCGGCACCAGUCUCACUGCGAUCGACAAUUUGGGUCAGAUUGGUGAAUCUCUUGGAUACCCAACACUUACCAUAAGUACAUUUGUCUCGCUUAUGAGUAUUUGGAACUAUUUCGGGAGAGUUGGUGUCGGUUUGAUCUCUGAAAUCAUCCUUACUAAGUGGAAAUUUCCCAGAACUUUGGUUCUAGCAAUCGUCCUUCUUAUUUCUUGUGUUGGUCACAUGCUUAUCGCCUUCCCAUUUUCUGAUUCUAUCUACAUUGCCUCAGUGAUCAUAGGUUUUUGUUAUGGUGCACAUGUAACUCUUAUCUUCACCAUUAUAUCUGAACUCUUUGGACUCAAGUAUUACUCGACAUUGUAUAAUUGUGCGAUACUAGCGAUGCCCCUCGGAUCUUACGUGUUCAAUGUACGAGUUGCAGGAUUCCUUUAUGACAAAGAGGCAUUGAAGCAGUUGAAUGUAUUAGGACUUAGUCGGGAUUCUGGGAAGGAAUUGACAUGUAUUGGAAAAGAGUGUUACAAGUUUUGUUUUAUUAUUUUAGCAGCAGCAACAUUCAUUGCAGCCCUAGCUUCUUUCAUUUUGUUCAUUAGGACAAGAAAAUUCUACAAGGGAGAUAUUUAUAAAAAUUUCAGACAGGAAACAACCGUGGCUAAUGCAAAAUCCGAAACUAUUGAGCUGGUUUCGCCGAUGAACUCUAAUACUAAGAGUAAGGUAGUAGGCUAG